UCACGUGAGUUGCAGUCAGGACACCAUUAGGGAGCGGACUGUUUACCUUCCGCUGCAGUCCGGUGUAACCGAGUAAAUGUCCUGGAAACAUGUUCUCUCACGGUACAGAGAGUUUGAUCAAACAAGCGAGGGAGAUCCAGGAGCCCGAGCUGCAGAAGUUUUACGGCAGAUUAGUGAAGCUGCUCGUGGGGAAGGAGUUCGGUCAUGAGACGAUGGACUCCCUGCAGCGGCUGCACCUCAUCCUCUCUGCCACCAAGCGCACCAGGACGUUGCCCGCGGAGCUACACAGGAGGCUGUUAUCUCUCCUCUCUUUACCAGUGGAGCCGCUUCAGGUGCUGAGCUCAGCUGUGCUCAGAGAGACACUGCCCCUCUCUGGCCAGGAACUGAACUACAACGAGGAGAACAUUCAGCUGAACAGCCAUUCCGCCGCCCUGCUGCUCUCACAGGCGGGAUCCAGAGCCGAUCUGUCAUCUCUGUGCGCUCAGCUCCUUCGCAGCCUGGACAGCCGUCAACCCGAGGGUCCGACUCAUUCGCUCACACACACGUUGCCCGUCCUCAACGCCGUCCUCACACACAGCCCCGAGUGCCUCAACGAAGAUAACGUCACCCUACUGAGUAAAAAGCUUGUCGAUUGGCUGCGUUAUGCAAGCAUCAUACAGGGAGGCGGAGCUUCUUCAGGUGGAUUUUUCACAGGACCCAGGGCGCGACAGCCGGUGCCGAUAGCAGAGCUGGACGGGACGGUGUCUGGGGAUUUCUUCACUGUGCUGUGUGUGGGCCAAGGCUUCACCGAGGACCAGUGGAUGAAUGUUUACUCCUUUUCCAUGCUGCAUCACUGGCUUCUCACCUACCACUCUGCUCCUAGUGGCAACGCCUUCGCAGAUACUGCGAACAGGCUACAGCUCAGCUUCUCUCUGUCCCACUCCCACUCCUUUUCUAAUGAUGACCGGUCGGAGGUGGACGGCUCAGUGGUGUCCAUGGUCUCGGCAACUUCCUCCUCCAGCCGACUGCUGCCUCCAAAGGAGCGUCUGAGGGAGAAGGCGUUCCAGUACUGCUUACGCCUCAUCGAGCAGAGCGACCGCAAGGCACUGAAACGGACAGACACCGAGCUGCAGAAAGCGUGUUUGGUGGAGGCCGUGUGUAUCCUGGACUGUGUGUGUGUGGAGGACACGUCACUGGUCUACAGAACGUUUCCGUGUGUGAAGGCCCUGUUUGGUCGUCUCAGCUCCGACCUGACGUUUGCCAGAGUCCUGCUGCCCAUAGCACAAUUCUACCUCAACCAUGGUGAAAUGGCGGCGGUGGACUGUGAGAGCGUGUGGAAGCUGGUGUUUGGCCGGUUCCCCGCCGAGCUCUUCAACGAUCCCUUUCUGGCCCAUGAGCUUCUACGCUUCCUACGACUGAACCUCGGGAGCCUGCAGCUGCGAGUCCCGCAGUAUCCUCGCUCAUUCCCAAACCUGCUGAAGUUUUUAGCCUGGGACAGCCCAGCGGUGGUGGAUGACUUUGUGGAUCUGCUGCCCUCUCUGGUCACCGUUGAAACUGCAGUGGAGCUGCUCCACACGCUGCUCGACCUGCCCUGUCUCUCUGCCACGCUGGUCUUGCAGCUCAGGUCGACGAGCUCGCCCAUCUCCGAGCCAGGUGGACGUGGGCUCCUGUCACUGGACGCCUUCCGGAGCCCUUCGUUCAGGGGCCUUUUUCUCUACCUGCUUCGACCAGAGGCCGGAUCAGGGGACACGAUCGACAGACUGAGCACGCUCCAUGAGUUCCUCGCUGAGUCGGCUGAUUGGCCGAGGGUUGUUCAGUGUUCCCAGACGGUCCCGGUGCUGUUGCACAUUUUUUUCAACACCGUCAUCACGGUGGCUGACCAGAAGCUUUUAGCCCAUUUGAUCCUGGUGAUGCUGGAGAGAAGCAGACUCCUCCUCAACCUCCCCACAUACGUCAAGGAGAUACACAGGGUGUUCAGCUGCCACCUGCUGAGGCUGUGCAAGCUCCACCCCUCUCUGGUAGUGGACCAGUCUCAUGUGUUGCUGGAGUUUGCUGGAACCACAGCCGGCGUUUACAGCAAAGAAGAAAUCUACACACACGUGGUGUGGGCGCUGGGAGAAUACCUCUCUGUUUCCUGCGACAGUCGCUGCUCUGUGACGCUCAUCACUUCCUGUUUUGAGACGUUGGAGGCGGUGCUGUUUGAAAUAACUUCAUCGACCCCGCCCCCUGGGGCGUCUUGCCCCGCCCCCAGAGUCAUCACCACUCUCAUUAGUGCUCUCGCUAAGCUGGCGUCACGCUCUCAUGACCUCAUCCCCAGGGUUUCUCUGUUCCUCUCCAAGCUAAGAACUGUGAGCAGAGCGGGUUCAGUGGCCUGGUGCUCUGACGAGGAGGACCUGGUUGCCAUAGUGACGAGGGGGGAGGAGUUGUGGUCGCUGCUGAGGACCCCCGGUGUGGCUCAGAGUGUCCUGACCCCGCCCCCGCAUGUCACCACACCACAGUGGCACCGAGACACGAACUUGUCCAUGUCAUUGCAACUGCGAACCCUCACCAGCCUCACACACACACAGUGACACACAAACACACAAACACACACACACAGUGACACACAAACAAACAUGCACAACACACAUCUCAGCACCUGGAUUUACAUCAAAUCUGCAUCUCAGUGAUUGUUGUUUGAUUUUUUUUGCACAUUACUUUUGUAAAUAAACGAUAAUAUUGAAAUGAAACUUAA